UAUAACCAAGACUUCUAAUCUAUCGUACAGAAAUGGUGUUAGAUAAACAUGGCAGGGGGUAAUACGAAGCAAGAUAGAGCUCAACAGAAAGCUCUGGAAAAACAGAAGCAAAAGUUGGUAGAGGACAAGACAUUUGGUCUAAAAAACAAGAACAAAUCUAAAUCGGUUCAAAAGUUCAUUAAAAGCAUUCAGCAGCAGGUUACAGGUAAACCACCUGCUUCCAGUGACAAGUUCAUUGCUGAGCAAAAUAAAGCCAAAUCAGAAAAGCAGAAGCUAUCACAACAACAAGCGUUAUUAGCUUCGCUGUUCAAGGGUACCGAGAACAUCAAACAGGUUGCUAUUGACCCUAACAAGCGUCUUUAUGACCCUAAGCAAUCUCGUGAGGACCAGAAAAUUGAUAUAUAUGCUGAUCCCCGUGAAAAUCGCUCUCGUAACGAUGCUGACAUGUCAUCAUGGGACUUGAACACCCUGGAAGACGUUGUUAAGCAGAAGCACGGUGCAGAUGCUUGCACUACUGAUAUCAUUUGUAAACACUUUUUAGCUGCUUUGGAAGAUAAGAAUUACGGUUGGUUUUGGGUGUGCCCCAAUGGCGGUGACAAGUGUAAAUAUCGCCACUGCCUCCCUCCAGGAUUCGUGUUAAAGAGUGACGUUCCCAAGGAGGUUGAGGAAGAUGAAGAGACGCUAGAGGAACGCAUAGAGCGACAGCGCGCUGAAUUGCCUCCAGGCGGUGAGAUGGUCACCGCUGAGUCGUUGGCCAGAUGGCGUGCUAGCAGGGAGGAAAGUCGUCUGGAACAGAUCAAGGAUUCAAUGAGCAAAGGAGGCCAGGUUGCACUUACUGGAAAGGAUCUGUUCACGUUCAACCCGAAUUUGUUUAUGGAUGACGACAGCGCCGCUGUUGACAUUGAUUAUGAAGAUGAAGAGGAUCUCGAUGAAAUUAUACGGCAGAAUGAACGGUCGCUUACUACCGGAAACGUAUUGCCUAACGGCUCGCAAUACAACGCUGAAGACGACGAGUUGGACUCAGUUGACAUUAGCAAGCUGCAAAUUUAGUAUCGCCAUUGCGCGCUUUUAAUCGGUC